AUCGUAGUUGACUGACUGACACACUGGUGCUGUGAUUGACAAAUUAAAUUUUAAAAAAUAACACGUCAAAAUUUUAAAUUAAAAAAUUUCAACUUUAAAAUUUUAAAAAGUUCUGCUUUAUUUUUAAGUAGUGUAGUAGCGAUGUGUUUAAAAACUAUAGUAUUUUGUUUAUUAGUGAUUAUUUUAGUCGAGUUAGUAUCCUACACACAAGCUUUAGACGAUAAUGGUGAAGGAGUCUGUGUGGUUAAACUCAGUUCCCGACAACGAAGAAAAAAGCCGUACAACGUUGCCAUAAACAAGUGGUGUGGACGAAGGAAGUGUGUCGUCAAAAGAUAUAAAUAUGAGACAUAUCUGACUUGGACGAACCACACCGUCUGCUGCAACGGUUGGCAGCACGACAGCGAACAGGACAUCUGUGCUCCAAUCUGCAGCACGGGCUGCAAUGGAGGCAAGUGUGUCUCCCCCGACCAGUGCCAGUGUCUGUCCCCCGCCUACCUCGACCCCGAACGACCGAACACCUGCAUCACACCCGUCUGCAGUCCAACCUGCUUCAACUCCAUCUGCCACGUCAACAACACCUGCAUCUGCCAAGAAAACUAUACCCCCUACAACUCCACACACUGCUUUAAAUGCGAUGAGGGCUACACUGCAGAUGAGAACCUCAAUUGUGUCCCAGUUUGCGAUCAACCCUGUAUCAACUCUACGUGCACAGCUCCUAAUACAUGCACCUGUGCUGAUGGCUACCGAAAGAAGAACGAUUCAACCUGUGAACCGAUCUGUGACUGUGUCAAUGCGGACUGUGCUGGACCUCACACGUGCGCGUGCCAUAAAGGCUAUGUUCCCUUGAACAAGACAGUUUGUGUUCCUAAGUGUAACGGCUGUUCUCAUGGAGAAUGCGUAGCGCCUAACAAAUGUUCGUGUCACAAAGGUUACGCGAAAGUGAACGGUGUUUGCAAACCCCAGUGUACUAAAGCUUGUGUUAAUGGUUACUGUUCUGCACCAAACGUUUGUUCUUGCAAGAAGGGGUUCGUGUACAAUAACAGUAGUGCACAUGUCUGUGUGGCACCUUGUGAUGGAAGCUGCAAAGGAUACUGUGAUGACGAUAAAGGAUGUGUUCCAUGGAACUGCUCGACGCCAAUACCGGCAAAGGGGAAGCGACAACAAGUACAGAAAACUGUUUGCUGCCCCAACUACGAGUAUGACAGCGACCAGGACAAGUGUCUGCCGGUGUGCUACUCCCCCUGCAUCAACGGCACCUGUGUCGGUGUGAACGAGUGCGCCUGCACGCCGCCGCUCACGCUCUACAACAACACCGUGUGCAUCCCCUCCACCUGCGACAACUGCGAGCAUGGGGACUGCAUGGCACCCAACGACUGCCACUGCCACAAAAAUUAUCUCAAUUUAAAUGGCGCUUGUGUUCCAGUUUGCGACAAUAUCUGCGUCCACGGAAAAUGUGUAGAACCCAACAAAUGUAAAUGUAACGACGGCUACAGGCCCGAUCCAAACGACCCUUACAAUUGUAUCCCGAUCUGUGACCCCGCCUGUGUAAAUGGUACCUGUGUAGCACACAACAAGUGCAUCUGCGGAGUAGGAUAUGAGAAAACUAAAGCUAAUUGGAUGUGUAAGCCUGCAUGUGUUGGGUGCGAAUAUGGAGACUGCAUUUCGCCAAACAACUGUAUCUGCCACAGUGGAUAUGACCGUAUCGACCUGACCUGUAAGCCAAAGUGCAGCUCGUGCAGCAACGGUGACUGCGUAGCGCCUGAGGUAUGUCGGUGUCACGAGGGAUACAAACUCAUGGAUGGACGCUGUUCACCAAUAUGUUCACCACCCUGUAUUAACGGUGAAUGUUUGGCACCCAAUAAUUGCAGCUGCAAUGAUGGAUAUGAUAAUAGGUUCGGUGUUUGCGAACCUUACUGCUCGAAAGUCUGUGUUAAUGGGCACUGCUCAGCACCCAACUUCUGCACAUGUAACGUUGGUUAUGUGCAUGAUGUAACAGAUUACAGUCUUUGCAUCAAGCCUUGCAUUCAGCCUUGUAAAAAUGGCCGCUGCUCUCCGUUCUCUGGAGAGUGCCAGUGUGACAUCGACUUUGAGUACGAUAACGAUACAGAGAGUUGCAUACCUAUGAAACCAGUUCCAUGUGAGGACUGCGAGGGUAAAUGCGACAAUGUGACGAAAGAGUGCCGGUGCUUGAACGUGAGACCAUGUUUCUUCAAAAGUGAUGAUUUGGAGGUACCGGCAGAGGUGGUAGCAUCCGACGAAGUUAAAAUGGCCGGUAUGAAUAUGACUCUGAUGGCGAUCGGUGGAGCUUGUCUGCUACUCCUCAUUCUGGUCGUGGUAGUGAUGCAGAGACUUUGGUAUAAGAGGAACGACUAUACGGCCAGCAAGCCUACACACGAGAAUUCUGGCUUAGGCAGUGUGGUCUACACUGUUCCUAAUACGCUGAUCAAUCAGAGAGCUAGUGGUGGACCCAUGGAUGAAGAUUCUGGUGAUGAAAAUGAAACGACGGACGGAUUAAUACGACAAAAUACUCGACUAAGUUAGACUGUAAUGAAUGUACCUGUAAUCGAAGUCUUCGGUGCUUUUAGUAUAGAUAAUUAAUUAUAAGACAUAAAACCAGUUUUUGAUAA